AGUUUCAUAUUCACUUAAGGAAUAGGACAGAUGAAAAGGCAGCAGCUCCGUUAGCGCUCAACUCAAACCAUGGAAUUUUAAUUAAAUAUGUUUUCAGUUUCACCCGAGAGCUCAUGAUGAGCGAAUCGCUCACGCUCUUUUCCCGUGUAUGUAAUUUUUUUAAUUACUUCCAAGAUCCUUACCUAGUUUCUAGAUUUCAAAAUUACUUCGGCGUUUAUCGAAUUGAUGUGAUCAAAAAUGGUAACUUGAAUGGGAGUGUCGUGAAGAGUGAGAAGGAAGCUCAUGAAAAAUUCAAAAAUGAUUGCAACAAUGUGAUCACGAUCAAAUACAAGAAACAAGACGAUGACAUCGUUUUACGGCAUCGAAAAACUUUAUCUAGUGGUUCAGAGAAUAGCAAAAGUAGUCCCCUCACCUCUGAUGGAGAGGAAAUUUCGGACGUUGACUCCGAUUCCGAAAAUGCGAUUAAAUGUAAAAUUAAAAGUAAAUUUUGGUACUAUUUUUUCAGUUUUGGAGCUGGUCUAGGAUAUGAAAUGUUCUAUGCAAGUUUUUUUCCGUUUUGGAUUUGGAACAUUGACGGUGCAGUAUGUAGGCGAGUUAUUAAUGUAUGGGUUUUAAUUAUGUAUGUUGGACAAGCAAUGAAAGAUAUCAUUUGUUGGCCCAGACCUGCUGCACCUCCAGUGAUACAUCUAGAACCACAUUAUGUUGUUGAAUAUGGUAUGCCAUCAACACAUGCUAUGGUUGGAGCUGCUGUGCCUUUUUCAUUUUUAUAUUUCACUCUCUACAGAUAUGAGUACAAUGUCAUCUACGGAAUUUUAAUUGCAAGUGCAUGGUGUAUUCUAGUGUGUUGCAGUCGAUUAUACAUGGGAAUGCAUACUGUUCUCGAUAUAAUUGGUGGUUUGAGUUUAGUAGCUGUAUUAAUGGCUGCAAUAUUGCCUUUUUCUGAUUUCAUUGACCAUUUUCAGUUGACAAAUCCUUAUUCUCCUCUUUUCACUAUAGCAUUUAUGCUACUGUUGCAAAUUAUUUAUCCAAAAACUGAACGUUGGACACCAGCAAGAGGCGACACUGCUGUUAUCAUGGGUACAGGAACUGGUUUUGCACUGGGAUCCUGGUUAAAUUAUCGCUUAGGAGUUAUUCGUGGCCCGCCUAUACCUCCACCUUACAUGAUAAUGUGGCCUGGUUACAAAGUGUUUGGUUUAGCUCUCUUGCGAGCUAUAAUUGGCAUAUCCUGCAUUGUUGCUACAAGAGCGUUUUUCAAAAGUGUUACCUAUGGUUUGCUGUGUUUUGUUAUGCGAGUGGACUCCAAAGAUCUGAAAUCAAAGCAAAAAAUUCUGGUCGAAAUACCUGCAAAAUUUAUAACUUAUACUGCAAUUGGUUUUGUUAUCACUUAUGUUGCACCUUUUGUAUUUAGACUGCUGUGCAUAGAAAGAGCUACAGCAUUUACAGAAGUUUAAGAAAUAUUGCUGUGAAAAAAAUUAUAGCUUUAAAAAUUUUCAUUUGUACUGCAUUGGAAAUAUUCAUUUCAGCAUAAAAUACUGCAUUUAAAAGGCCUAACAAGAACUGCAUUAAACUGUUUUCCUCUGUAAACUUUAAAAAGCUUAUCACUGCUUAUUUCACUGCCCAUGAGAUAUUCAUGAUAAAUAUUUUUAGUCAAUAAAAUAUAUAUUUUAUACAUAUAUAUUUCAGUGUAGAUUAAUUUCUUAACUGACAUUUGUUUGUUUUGAAAGUUGAUAUUUGAGGAUCGUUGAAUUUUAGAUCCUGAAGUAAAUAAUUUUUUUGAAGGUGUCAUCUUUGAUAUAAGAAGCAAUAUCUAUUGUUUUAGUGAUUUUGUUGUUGAAGCUUUUUUUGUUGACAGUUAAUGAAUUAUUACUCUUGGUUGAUGAUAUAUUUAAGAAUGUGCUAUUUAUUGUUGAUAUAGAUUUUAUUUAUUUAUUGCAGUUGUUUACUUUUUUAAUUUCAUUUAAAACUCUUUCUGAAUAAAAUACUGCAAGUAUUUGUAAAUUAUCAGAUGGUUUUUUUUUUUUAAUUUUUAUUUCUUAAGAAUCAUACUUGGCUUAGUUAUUUAUAAAAACAUUAGUAGCACAGGAAAAUCCUAGCACUUCUAAAUCUUCUUUUUUAUAUUUUAAUAUAAUAGAUAAAUAUACUCAAAUAUUUUUAGAGUUGUGUGAAAAGUUUAUCUUUUUUACUAUUUUGACUUUCAUUUUCAAUUUUUUGCAUAUGAACUGGUUAUUGCUCAUUUUUAUUGGGAAGAAAUUGACUUAAUUGUUUAAGGAUGUUUAUUUUUUUCUUUUUUCAAUUUUUUCUAAACUGUAUAUUUUUUUGU